AUGUCCGAACAGAAAACUACAACUGAUAAAAUAAUGUGGAUUUGGCUGGAUACUUUAGAACGAAUCAACAGUGCCCUCAAGGCCACCAGCGAAGCCAAUGCCAUGCUGAGGAUAAACCAAAGGGAUGAAACUUCCCAGAACAUUGGACACCAUAUUCCCCAACCGAGCAUGGGUAUGGCAAUGGUCCACCGCGCCGCAGUAUCACCCCAUACUAGAGGCACAGUUCGCCGACCGCGUUUAGCAUCCCCGGCUUGA